AUGACAACCAGCAACACCAUUGAAAACUCCGAACAUCCGAUCAUUAAACACAACAACCUAGAUGUUGAGAGCCAACGAACCCAAGAAGCAACUAAAGUGACAUUCGAUUACGCCAAGAGAGCACAAUGGCUGCGAGCUGCUCUUUUAGGCGCUAACGAUGGCCUCUUGUCCACCGCAAGCAUAAUGAUGGGCGUAGGUGCGGUUAGUGAAGACGUUAAGACCAUGAUCUUGUCUGGGAUCGCUACGCUACUUGGUGGAGCAUGUAGCAUGGCCAUCGGUGAAUUUGUAUCGGUUUACUCGCAAUAUGACAUUGAAAUGUCACAAAUUAAAAGAGAGAUGAGAAAUGGCUUGAGUAACUCUGACGAAAUUGAAGAAAAGAAAAGUGACUUACCUAGCCCUACAAAAGCAGCUGUGGCGUCAGCAACUGCGUUUGCGCUAGGGGCGGUGGUGCCAUUGCUAGCAGCGGCGUUUAUACGUAAUUAUUGUUGGCGGUAAUUUCCGACUCAUCAUAAGCCGGUGAUGUGAAAGGGUGACAAAGGAGUUCAAGUCACAAGUCGGUGAACUUGAGGGAUCAAUGUUGACAAGUUGGUCAUAAUUGAUUAAGUUUCCUAAUUACAUUAUAAUUAUAUUUGGUAA